AUGGAGACUUCCGGCGCAACUCUGAGGUUAAUAGUUGUCAGGCAAGGCUACCUCGCUGGCGACACAACUUUGACUCCCCAUCGACUUUGCGGUAGCACACAAAGUGCCGGACAGGUCUUCGAAAGCAUCGAGCCUCACGUCGAGCGAAAUGUUGCCGAAAGAAUUAUCCAGCAAAUUGAAGGAUCACCUGGAAUCAUUCUGAGAGCUAUCGACAUCGUACCGACUGGUGAGUACUGGGUCCCUCUUCAUCCUAUCGUGAUGCAACACUCUCCAGUCUAAUGUCGUCCCCGUUCGUUUGGACAGCUCAGCAGUCUCUUGCAUCUACUGACCGCUCCUGGAACGAGCGAAAUUAG